GGCCUUGAGGGUUUAAAUCUGAGUUGAAUGAGUCAUAUAGCUGUCCUCAUCUCUCUCUUUCUGACUUAAUCUGCCCUGACUUUAUGUGGCCUAUUUCUAGACCGUCAAACAUUUGAGGAUUUCAAGGAAGAAACAAGCACUCUUUUUUUCUUCAGUUAAUCUCUCUUUGGCUCUUCUGUUUUGCUGGGCCUGGAUCAUUGUGAGCUCAGUGGUUGUGGUGGCUCUCUAGUAUAUGUGCCUGACGGACUGCUGAUUUGGGGAGAGUACUGAGGACAACUCUGCAGUGUUUUUUUGAUUGACUGAAUAAAGGAGAAAAGAGGCCAUCAAGAUGCUGCGAGAAGUGGGAUCCAAUAUUAUGGUGUUUUAUGAGUAUGUAUUGCAGAGAACAGACCACCGGUUGUUGCCCUACCCGUUGAUGCGGACCCCCUUCCAGAUGACCAGCAUCCUGAUGGGCUAUGUGUUCUUCUCGCUGUACGCAGGGCCUCUGUUGAUGGCCAACCGCAAGCCAUAUAACCUCAAAACAGCCAUGAUCAUCUAUAACUUCAGCAUGGUGUCCCUAAACGCCUUCCUAGUCUAUGAGUUCCUGAUGUCAGGAUGGGGAACCACUUUUACCUGGAGAUGUGACCUGUGUGACUACUCAAGCAACCCACAGGCUCUAAGGAUGGUUCAAGUGGCCUGGUGGUUUUUGUUCUCUAAAUUCACUGAGCUUCUGGACACCUUUUUCUUUGUGCUGCGUAAGAAACAAAGCCAGAUCACAUUUCUACAUGUCUUUCAUCACUCCUUCAUGCCCUUCACUUGGUGGUGGGGAAUUACCAUUGCUCCUGCAGGGGGAAUGAGCUCGUUCCAUGCCAUGGUCAACUGCUGUGUCCACGUCAUCAUGUACACCUACUACGGCCUGUCCGCUGCCGGACCUCGCUUCCAAAAAUACCUCUGGUGGAAGAAGUACAUGACUGCAAUCCAGCUGAUCCAGUUUGUGCUGAUCUCACUUCACAUCUCUCAGUACUACUUCAUGGAGAAGUGUGACUUUCAGGUGCCCAUGUUCAUUCACCUGAUCUGGAUGUACGGCACCUUCUUCUUCCUACUAUUCUCCAACUUCUGGAUUCAGGCCUACGUGAAGGGGAAAAGGCUGCCUACGGCAACUAUGGAGAAGCUAAAGCAGAAUGCCGUUAUAGUGGUCAUCAACAGCAAGCCGCUGGAGAAUAGCAACGGGACAGCACAUCGUGUCAACAGCCAUAACCAAAUAGGCAAAGUGAAGGAAGUCUAGUUUCGUCCUUUUGGAAGGGGGGGAAACAACUGUCUGAAGGAGCCUGAAAUGCCAAAGAUUCCAAAAAAGUAUGCUCUUAGCUACUGAACACUUUAUAUUUAUCUGCAGUUCAUGGAAUAUGAAUGGCAUUAUGGACUUGGCAGUUAUUCCCUACUUGCCACACUUAAAUUGUGGGUAGUGGUUUUAACUGUUACGUCACUAAUACCUCAAACCCAGGCUUGAAAUGGACUCUUCUGGUUUGACUGGAACACACUUGUAAAUAGUUACUUUCAAAGAGGUGGUGUUUGUCACUGACCAACUCAUUCAUUACUGAGGCACAAGACAGCAGCAUUCUUGAUAAGGGUCUGCAGUAGCUAUUGGAGAAGUUCUAGGAACUGUGCUGAGUCAGCAACAUGCCCAAUAUUAUGCACCCUAGAAAAUAAUGAAAAGGGUUUUGAACUCAACUGACUUGCCUAGUUAAAAGGUUACAAAUAACAUUGAGUGCCCUAACAGUAUUUGCAAUAACACUAGUUAAUCAAUAUCAAGUGGCAGCAAAAUAUUCGAAGGCAAGAAUAUUUUUCAAUUAAUAAAAAAAGUACACAAUUGAGGCGAUCCAUAACUUAAAACAAUACAGAAGUCCAUUAUCAGAUAGCUGUGUGUAUAAUGCUGCGAGUGGACUUCAUCUCAUUUGCCUUCUUUUUGACUGGAUCCAGCGCAAAGCUCUUCCAGAACCGGACAAUUUCAUCACCAGCUACAGUGGCAAUAGUCGAGCAGUCUGACCUCAUGACCUGGGGUGAAUAAAAACAGUUUGAAGUUUGUUUUAAACUUUCGACACCUGAAUAAAUCCAAGGUUAGUUUGAAAUGUGUGCUCCGAGACCAUCUGCAAGAGACACAGCCCAAACACGGACUUCCCCACAAUUCCCAACCAAUGCAGCUCUGGUACGAGUCCUCAAUUUGAAUGGGUUGAUAGUUGGAGAAUUUGAGAAGUAGGAUGGACUACGAUAGACUUACAGCGUCAGACAAUGCUCUUUGUCAACUGACAUUAAUGACAACUGCACAGAGCCAUUAAGUUUACACAUAGUGAAUGAAUAGCAGUUUCAGACAAGCAUUGCCAGAACUGCAUGUGACCAAUAAAAUUUGAUUUGACACUUA